GCCAUCACCAACCCUCUCCCCACCCAGAAGUUGAACAUAUAUGCAUUUGGUACUGGUGACAAUGCCGAACUGGGUCUUGGGCCGGGGGUUAACGCAAAGGUUGUCAAGCAUCCCAGAUUGAAUGCCCAUCUCCUCCCCGAUAAGGUGGGAAUAGUUGCAGUUGCAAUUGGUAGUAUGUACAGCUUAGCAUUAUCGGACGAGGGGAAGGUGUACAGUACUGUACUCAUGGGGUGUCAAUGAUCAGUACACUCUUGGGGGAGCGACCACGCAUACACCUUGGACCAGGGCUGUGCAUUCCGAUGAUGAUGGCGACAGCGACUAUGAUGACAAAGUGCUCUUGAAUCCGUUGGAGAGCACGCCAAUGCUAGUAACAGGGAUUCUGGAGGGGACUGUGAUUACGAGAAUUGCUGCCGGUGACAGUAUUUCAAUCGCUGUUACCAACACUGGAAGGGUUUACAGACGAAGAGCAUUUAAGGUAUGUGAUUAAUUCUCCAUUCGGGGUUAGUAAGGUUAAUUUAUUGUUUAGUACUGACGGCAUUCUUGGAUUCAAGGAGAGGACUAAUGUAUAGGAUGUUCUAGUCAUGCUACCUAUGCUGAGGAACAUGGUUCGGGUCAGUACAGUCUUGGUACUGAUCAUGUCCUUGGCCUUACGACAGAAGGAGAUGUGUACUCGAGUACGUGUGGGGCAACGGUCAGCAAUCCCAGCUUGGGAGGCGUCUCGGAGAGAUGUUGCCUUACUAGGCUGAACCCUUGCUAGGUGUUCCUUCCCCGGCGCCAGGUCACGUACGUCGCUACCGGCUCAUACUAUUCUUUUGCAAUUAUCCGGGGCAGCAGGGUCUGGGCAUGGGGGCUCAAUCAAUAUGGGCAAUGCGGGACAUACGAACCUCUGUGCUGCGGUGCAGAACAUACAGUAAUUCCCGUUCCUACCAUCGUGCAGUCGUCUUGCGGGGUACACAAUCGUUCAGAUAUUUGCCGGGGAACAUCACUCAACUGCCCUGACCGAGAACGGUGAGCUCCUGGUCUGGGGCCGUCUUGACAGUGGACAACUUGGUAUAGACCCUAUGGUGCUUUCAACGGAUGACUGCGUCCGUGACGCGAGGGGCAACCCCUGCUACCUCAGGACCCCACAUGCUGUCCCCAGCAUCAGGUUCUCCACCAUUGGCUGCGGCACAGACCACAAUAUUGCCAUCUCGAUCGAGGGACAAGCAUACUCUUGGGGCUUCAGUGGCAGCUAUCAAACUGGCCUCGGCCCUGACGCCGAUGAUGAGAUCAUGACCCCUACAAGGAUUGAAAACACCACCACCAGAGGUAUCAGGAUGACCUUCACCGCUGCCAGUAGGCAGUUCUCCCUCCUCGCUGGAAUUCCUACGGAACCUGCU